AUGAUUCUACUUAUAGCACUCGCUCUACUCGUAAUAUUAUUCGUUCUAUUUAGACGAAGUUAUAAUCAAUAUGCAUCCGGUUUAAGAGAAAAACCAAACUAUUUCUUAUGGCUUUUAACAUGUGUUAUCAAUUUCAAAGGUUGGUCAAAAGAAUCAUAUUGUCUUCUCAUGGAUAAUUUGAAAUCAAUGGAUCAUUCAGGAUAUUUAAAUGAUAAAGACAUUCCGUUUCGUAAUAAAUCACGACGAAAAAUGUUACGUGGUCUACCUCAUCGUCAGCUAACUCAACAAGCACCUGAUGAGAUUAUGUAUGAAAUGCAUAAACAUAUGGAAUCAAUAUCUAUACCAAGAUAUGGUGGACAAACAAUUAAUAAUCAAUUAUUGUUACGUGGUAAAUCAACUGCUGAAUAUACUGGUGCUGAUGCUUUAUUUUUACCAAAUCCAGAUAAAAAUACAUUUGAAAAUGGUGAAUUUACACAUUUACAUUCAAAUGAUGGCUCAUUUCAUAUGAUAUUACAUCCAUCCGAUGCUAAAUUAUUAAUUAAGGCCCCCCUCCCCCGCUCAAAAAUCUAUCUCAGCCCAGGAACAUCCAAAUUAGAUGAAACUUUCAGAGUAUGUUGGAACUAG